AUGACGGCCGAGGAAUCCAUCUCGACCGCUUGGUCGCUCCUGAAAUCCUACUGGGUUCCUUUGUUACUUGCUCUCAUCGCUGUUCGCCUGCUGCGCAACAAGUUCAGAGCCGGUCUGAGCGGCAUUCCUGGCCCUCCUGUUGCUGCGUAUACCGGGCUCUGGCGCUUCUUCGACGUCGCCAAGGGACAAGCGCACUGGACGCACAUCAACCUGCACAAGAAGUACGGACCCCUCGUGAGGAUCGGGCCCAACCAUGUAUCGGUCGGAGACCCCGCGGAGAUACCAAACAUCUAUGGCUUGAACAAGGGGUAUACGAAGUCUGGCUUCUACCCUAUUCAAAGCAUCAGCUGGCACAAGAAACCGCAGAUGAACAUAUUCUCCACGCGGGAUGAGAAAUACCACCGCGACCAGAAACGGCCCAUCGCAAACGCCUACAGUCUGACCUCGCUGCUGGUCAAGGAAGACGCGGUCGAUUCAUGCUCGAAACUGUUCAUGGAGCAGCUCGGAUCGUUUGUCGACCUGAACAAGCCCGUCGACCUUGGGCAAUGGCUGCAGUACUACGCCUUCGACGUCAUCGGCGAGAUCAGCUUCGCGAGGAAGCUGGGCUUCCUGCAGGCAGGCACCGACGUCGACGGCAUGAUGGAGACGAUCGCCGGCAUUCUUGUCUACGCCUCCCUCUGCGGCCAGCUCCCCGAAUGGCACCCCUUCCUCCUCGGCAACCCGCUCUUCCCCAUACUCAUCCCCUCGAUGGAGUCCUGGAACUCGGUCCUAACCUUCACCCUCAAAGCCGUCAACACCGUCCUCAGCACGUCGUCAUCGUCGUCCUCCUCCCCAACCGACGAGAAAAAAGAAGCCUCCUCCCCCUCCUCCUCCUCCUCCCCCCUCCUCGAGCGCGACGGCGACCUCUCCCCCGCCGCGCUCUCCGCCCUCGACGCGCGCGGCGACAUGCUCUCGCGGUGGUCGGCGCUGCGCCUCGCCGACCCGCCGCGCCUGACGACGCGCGACAUGGUCGUGCACCUCUCGACCAACGUCUUUGCCGGGUCCGACACGACCGCCAUCGCGCUGCGCGCCAUCCUGUACUUUUUGCUCAAGAACCCGCGCACGCUGCGGAAGCUCGUCGCCGAGAUCGACGGCGCUGCUGACGCGGGACUGCUGGUGCGGAGGCGGGGCAAGGAGAGUGGCGAUGACUAUGGCGAUGGCGAUGGCGAUGACGCCGCUGUGGGAUACCGCGAGGCGGUGGCGCAUCUGCCGUACCUGGAGGCGGUGGCCAAGGAGGCGAUGCGGCUGCAUCCGAGCGUGGGGCUGGGGCUGGAGCGCGUGGUGCCGCCGCAGGGGGCCGAGGUGUGCGGGCGGUGGAUCCCGGGCGGGACCGUCGUCGGGGUGAAUGCGUGGGUGGUGCAGCACGACGGGGCCGUGUUCGAGGAGCCCGAGCGGUUCCGGCCGGAGCGCUGGCUCGACGCGGGCGACGAGGAGAGGCGGCGGAUGGAGGCGAGUUUUUUGGCGUUCGGGGCGGGCAGCAGGACGUGUUUGGGGAAGCACAUUUCGAUGAUGGAGAUGAUGAAGGUGGUGCCGCAGCUGCUGCGCGAGUUUGAGGUCGAGCUGGAGGGCGGCAAUGAGAGUCGCGAGUGGAAGGUGAAGAACAGGUGGUUUGUGCAGCAGGAGGGGUUGAUCUGCACGCUGAGGAGGAGGGACAGGAAGGGAGAGAAGGGUCGGGCGUGA